ACUUUUUGCAGACUGGACCCAGGUGAGCUUCAGUAUGCUUACACUAUGAUAAUGGCCAUAGAGGAGAUCAACAACAGCUCAGAGCUGUUGCCAGGAGUAACACUGGGCUACAGGAUCUUUGACUCCUGCCCCAGUAUCCCUCUGUCUGUCAGAGCAUCUCUUAACCUGAUCAAUAAGUAUGACAGUGGGGAUGGCAGCUGUGACAAGCGCUCCACUGUGCUCGCUGUCAUAGGGGAAACCACAUCCACCUCUACUAUAGGUAUCGCACGCACCAUGGGACCCUUCCAUAUACCUGUGAUCAGUCAUUCAGCCACUUGUGCAUGUCUUAGCAACAGAAGGGAGUAUCCAUCUUUCUUCAGAACCAUACCUAGUGACCUUUACCAGAGCAAAGCCCUGGCAAAGCUGGUGAAGCACUUUGGCUGGAACUGGGUAGGAGCUAUCAGAACCAACAGUGACUAUGGCAAUGGUGGCAUGGCCACAUUCCUGAAAGCAGCUGAAAAAGAGGGGGUGUGUGUUGAGUACUCAGUGGCCAUUUACAGAACUGACCCUAGGAAAUGGUUCCUGGAAGUAGUUGACAUCAUUAAGAAGUCCACUUCAAAGGUAAUAGUGGCAUUUGCUGAUGGCACUGACCUUGACAUUCUCAUCAAAGAGCUUCAUGCUCAAAAUGUGACUGGACUCCAGUGGGUGGGUAGUGAAGGGUGGAUCACUUAUCGCUACAUUGCUUCCCCAAUAAACUAUGCCGUUGUCCAGGGGGCAGUAGGCUUUGCUGCUCUCAAUGCUCACAUCCCUGGACUGAAGGAGUUUUUGGCCAAUAGCAGGCCCUCCACCACACCAGGAGACCACGGUCUGGUGGAGUUGUGGGAGACGGUGUUUGGUUGCGCCAUGACACCCCAAGCAGUGGUCCAAUCUCAGGGCUCAGUCACAGCUUGCACUGGGAAGGAGUCUCUGUGGGACACACACUCACGCUUCACAGAUGUUUCAGAUGCCAGUCUACUGAAUAAUGUUUACAAGGCCACAUAUGCUGUUGCCCAUGCACUGCACCUGCUGUUUACCUGCCAAGAUGGACAAGGGCCUUUUGAGAACAAUUCAUGUGCCGACAGAAAAAACAUAGAACCAUGGCAGGUGCUGCAUUACCUGACGCAGGUAAAUUUCACCACUAAGAUUGGUGAAAAUGUGUUCUUUGAUGAGAUGGGUGAUCCAGUGGCACGUUAUGCACUGGUGAACUGGCAGAUGGAUCAGACGGGCUAUAUUCUGUUCAAGACCAUUGGUUACUAUGAUGCCUCAAUGCCUGAAGGUCAGCAGUUUGAGAUGAAGGCAGGUGUGAAAGCUAUCUGGGCAGGAGAGCAGCUGGAGGUGCCAAAGUCUGUUUGCAGUGAGAGCUGCCUGCCAGGGACUCGUCGGGCUUUUCUUAAGGGCAAGCCUAUCUGCUGCUUUGACUGCAUCGCCUGUGCUGAUGGGGAGUUUAGCAACAGUACAAAUGCAGUGAAAUGUGAAAAAUGCCCUCCUGAGUACAAGUCCAACAAGGGGAGGAAUAAUUGUGACUUGAAAGCUAUUGAGUUCCUCACCUUCAGAGAGCUGAUGGGUAUACUGUUGGUGACCUUUUCUGUCUUUGGGGCCUGCCUGGCAAUGACAAUAGCACUGAUAUUCUUCCACUACAGGCAGACUCCUCUUGUCAAGGCCAACAACUCUGAGCUGAGCUUCCUGCUGCUCUUCUCCUUGACUCUGUGUUUCCUGUGCUCUCUGACCUUCAUUGGCCGGCCCUCUGACUGGUCCUGUAUGCUGCGCCACACAGCAUUUGGCAUCACCUUUGUCCUCUGCAUCUCAUGUGUUCUGGGAAAAACUAUCGUGGUGUUGAUGGCCUUCAGAGCUACACUUCCAGGCAGUAAUGUUAUGAAAUGGUUUGGGCCUCAUCAGCAGAGACUCAGUGUGCUGGCCUUCACUCUCAUACAAGUUGUCAUUUGUAUCCUCUGGUUAACAAUCAACCCUCCCUUUCCUUUCAAGAAUAUGGAGCACUAUAAGGAAAAAAUUAUUUUAGAGUGUGCCUUAGGAUCACCUAUUGGGUUCUGGGCUGUGCUCGGGUACAUAGGACUCUUGGCUAUGUUAUGUUUUGUCCUUGCUUUUUUGGCUCGGAAGCUGCCUGAUAAUUUCAAUGAAGCCAAAUUCAUCACCUUCAGCAUGCUGAUUUUCUGUGCUGUCUGGAUCACCUUUAUCCCGGCUUAUGUCAGCUCCCCUGGGAAGUUCACUGUUGCCGUGGAGAUAUUUGCAAUUCUAGCCUCCAGUUAUGGAAUGUUAUUUUGUAUAUUUUUGCCUAAGUGCUAUAUUAUCUUGUUGAAACCUGAGAAAAAUACAAAGAAACAUUUGAUGGGCAAAGUAACCUCAAAAGCAAUAUGA